CCCAAUAAAACUAUUAUAAAAUAAUGAGAGCUGCACAGACAACAAUACCAUUUGAAACCAUUUUUUGGUUGCCCAAAGUACAAACUGAUCUUUCUGUUUUGAACAUUGGAAAUAAAAAUAGUUAUCCUGAUGAAAAGAGUACUAUCCUGAAGCUCUUAUGAGAGUGGCACUUUGAAAUGUCUAACCGGAACUCUCCUAGUCACAGCUGGACGGCGGCUUGCUGAGGCGCUGCGGACGUUUGGAGAGAGAGGGGUUAAACGUUUGGAAAGACGCCGUGCGGGCAUAUAAACCCCCUCUUCCUCAAACACACCGGCCUCUGCUCGGACUGCGCCGACAGUAAUGCCGCCUGUUCCACUUUCUCUGAACCUACACACAGUAACGUUACGGUAACGUUAAGACACGGCGGACCACCGGGGUCUGCCGCUCGUCUCUCGUUUCUCGUUUCUGCCCUUUCCAUCUUCACCGCCGCGCCUUCCAGACUGGACAUGUGAGGAUGUACCACAGGAAGAUAAGGAGCAGCAGAGGUCAGCGAGCCGGAUCGAUGCUCCUAUCCGUGAUAAAGUAGCUUAGACACCGCGGCGCCGUCAGAAGUAGAAGCGGCCUCUGGUCGCAUGAACGCCGGCAGGACUCGGCUCGGCUGCUCGGUCCUUUCCACAGACUCAGGAUGAGGAAACCCAAAGUCAUUCGGAUGGUUUUUGCCUUGAGUCUGGGAUGCUUCAUCAUGGUCAUCUUCUACUUCAACAGCAACCUGAGGCCAGCCUCGGAGCCAGUUGGUGAAAGAAGCAGCGGGCAGAAGUCAAGGAGGAGUCCUCUACAGACGCUUUAUGAUGGUGACCAGGUUGAGUCAGCAGUGCAGGUGGUCCAUCAGGGCCGGCGGGAGUUGUUAGAAGAAGCCUGCCGCUCCUACACCCGCAAACGCAGAGUCCUCAUCCCCGAGGACCUGAAACACGUCAUCGUGGACGACCAGCACGGCUUGCUGUACUGCUACGUGCCCAAAGUGGCCUGCACCAACUGGAAGCGAGUGCUCAUGGUUCUGACGGGCGGCGCCGGGUCCCACCGAGACCCACUGGAGAUACCGGCCAACGAGGCCCAUGUCCCAGGAAACCUCCGCACCCUGUCAGAGUACUCCACCUCCCAGAUCAACCAGCGCCUACGCUCCUACCUGAAGUUCAUCUUUGUACGUGAGCCCUUCGAACGGCUUGUAUCCGCGUACCGCAACAAGUUCACACGGAGCUACAACACGGCUUUCCAUAAACGAUACGGCACAAAGAUAGUGCGGCGGCACAGGCCGGACCCGCAACCGGAAGCUCUGGAGAGAGGCAACGACGUCUCCUUUGAGGAGUUUGUGUAUUACCUUGUAGACCCAGCCACCCAGCGAGAGGAGCCCUUCAACGAGCACUGGGAGCGGGUGCACUCGCUGUGCCACCCCUGCCUCAUCCACUACGACGUGGUAGGGAAGUACGAGACGCUGGAGCAGGACUCCCGCUACGUGCUGCAGCUGGCCGGGGUGGAGGACCAGGUCAGCUUCCCCACCUCAUCCAAGAGCACCAGAACCACAGGAGACAUGGCAGCCCAGUUCUUCCAGAACAUCAGCCCCUUCUACCAGAAGAAGCUGUACAAUCUCUACCGCAUGGACUUCCUGCUCUUUAACUACUCAGUGCCAGCGUACCUCAAGUUUAGAUGAGGCUGGAACGUCACUCAUCCAUGGACUCAACUUGAACUGGAGCCUGGACUCUGUAACAAUACAGAGAGAUGUUUCUCGCUCUGUAGGCCUUAUUACAGACACCACAAAUACUGUUUUUAAAAGAAAAAAAGGACCGAAAGAUGUAUUCUGAUUAGAACUCUAAAAUACAUUCAUUAUUUUUACAGACACGACAUCAGGCUGAAGAACUUCUGUGGAGAGGAUCAUCUCAUCACAAGAUGAAUGUUGUUGCCCAAAGGAGGCAGAUUAUAUUUUACUGUAAACAGUCAACCAGUCGGUCACUGUUUUGAAUAUGUGAAAUCCCAUUUAACUCCUGGUUUCAUUUUAUUUUUGUCUGUUUCAAUUUAAUUUGCACGACAAAUUUAAUCUCUACAUCCGGAGGAAGCUACAGUAGCACAACGAAAGUAUUAACAUUGCAUUUGGACAGUGAAUGUCUCCAAAUGUACAGUAUGUGCCUUUGAUCGCGGGCCUCAUUUUGACCCCGGAGGACAACGACAACUUUUGUAACUGUGACUGUGUUUUAUUUUUGUACUGUAGGAAGAGACUGUUAUGUAACUAUGAUAUUGUCUUUUAUUUAUUGUGUUAUUUCUGACUCUGCAAAGUCAGACAAACCAAAAUAGAUAUAGUUCCUCUCACAAUUUCCGAAUAAAUGCAUUUCAGCAAGAA